AUGGUUCGAAUGAUGGAACAUAUAGGGUUUCAAGUGAUCGUCACGGAGAUAAAAGAUAUGUUUAAUCUGGAUAAGUUCACAAGAGUGGUCAACACAUGCAAGGUUAUGGUUGGUGCACAUGGUGCAGGUCUAACAAAUGGAGAAUUCUUACCUCAGGGGGCGGUGCUCAUCCAGGUUGUGCCUUAUUCACUCACAUGGGCCUCUGACACCUACUUUGGCCAGCCAGCACCAAAAAUGGGGUUAAAGUACUUGGAAUACAAAACUGUAACAGAGGAGAGCUCAUUGAUCGGUUCAUACAGACCAAACGAUCCUGUAAUUACUGAUCCUUAA